GCUUCCUAGCUCACAUCAUUACGUACACUUACAAGUCUGCUAUCGACAGCGCUACACACUAUGCAACACUUAUCGGUAGGUACAACACUUCGUUAAAAUAUUAAAAAACGCGGGAUAAUUUAAAAUUUGAAUAUUGUGCUAAAGUGAAAUGGACGUUGAAGUGAUUGUGAUAUCAGUGAUAAAAACUGGUGAUAAGUUGCGAUGAUGCUCUCAAUUCAGACGGCAUUCCUGAUCACAGCGUUAGCGAUCGUCGUCAAUGAACGUGUCGUGAACGCACAAAAUGUUAAUAGCGCGAAUCAAAUGGCUAUGGAAACGAAGAACAAAGCUAUGACAAUUGUGGAAGGGCCAAAACUCAACAAAACAAUACAACCUACUCAAUUAGCGAAAUCAAAUCGGACUAACAGUCCGGAGUUGAGACCGUCGAGUAAACCGCCUAUACAUCUCACUCCAGACAAAAAAUUCUUCUACGACAUGCCCCAACAUUUUUAUAAUUCAAUGCCGAAGUUACAUGCCCCUCCUCUACAUUUAUACACUAAAGAACCGUUGAAGCUUUCUAAUUCAGUCUACAAAUUCCCCAAUGUGAUUCCAAUACAACGGGGGAAUCUAUUCUACCAAAAGCCAACGCGACAACCGCUUGUCUUCGCUGCAUCCACCGGCAAUCCAUUAGUAGCAAAAAGUCCAAAGUUCAGUCUACCAGUUCAAACUAUUAAUGGAAUAAGGACAGAUUUCGUUAGACCUCCAAAAGUUGCUAAUUUGUCUACAUCGACGUCAACAACAAUUGCCCCUACGACCACUCAAAGAAUAUUACGAACAAGGCGAAUAUGGCCAAAAAGGAUUACAGAGAAGAUGAAUUCGACAUCUUCUCAAAAUGUUUCCUUUACACCCGAAAAGUUAUUAAGGAAUGACACAACUAAUAGUGAUUUGGCUUCAUCCGCUAGCCGUCUGCGCACAAGAUAUGCCGUCACAGAAACUCCUAUUUCAUCAACGUCUAAUCAACCUACUACACGAGGCUAUCGUAGAGUGACCAGAACUUCAAGAAUAAAGCCCACUAAAGCCCCAACCUUCGAUCCAAUAAAACCCAAUGAUUGGGUACCGAUCGUACCAUCUCACUAUACUAAAACGAAAACAAAUUCUCAAAUACCUAUUACUAAAAGGUCGGAUGUAUUUUUACAACCCUACGGAUUACUUCCCGUAGGUCAAUCAUUACAGAAUGCGCAUGCUCUGGCUAGAAAGAAGAUGUUUUUUUUUCGUAAAAGAAACCGGCAGAUGAAUCCUUACGUAUUUACACAAGAAUAUAAUCCUAAAGUAAAUAUAUAUCCGCAACAACAAUUUGUUUAUGAUGACCAACGAGCAGAAGGAAGUCAGAACCAACAAAACGUCGUAACGAAGAUUAAACAUCACCAUCAUCAUCAUCACCAUCGUUAUAUCAAAACAGUGGAGAAGCCAGUCAAGGUACCGUAUAAAGUAGAAGUUGAAGUACCAAAACCAUAUCCAGUAGAAAAGAAGGUUCCAGUGCCAGUGCCUGUGGAAAAGAUAAAAGUUGUGGAUAGACCAUAUCCAGUUCAAGUAGAAAAAAAAGUUCCAUAUCCUGUCACUGUCAAAGUUCCACACCCGGUCCCUGUGAAAGUUGUCGAGAAGGAGUAUGUACCCAAACCCUACCCUAUUGUACAUCAUGUCCCGAUUUUCAAACAGGUUGAAGUUAAAGUACCAACACCCGUCGCUGUUCAAGUUGAAAAACGAGUGCACGUUCCCGUCAAAGUCCCAUACCCAGUGGAGAAACGAGUUCCCGUACCAAUCGAGACAAAAGUUCCUUAUCCAGUACCGGUUAAAGUUUUUAUACCUCAACCUUAUCCUGUUGAAAAGAAAGUGCCUUAUCCUGUAGAAGUAAAAGUUAGAGAACCUGUUGAAGUUAUUAAACACGUGCACGUUAAGGUACCAUAUCCACAACCGUAUCCAGUAAAAAUACCGCAUCCGAUACCUUACACUGUUGAAAAGAGAGUACCAUACCCUGUUAAAGUUGAGAAAAAAGUCCCGUAUCGUGUUGAAGUACUAGUUCCUCAUAAAGUAGAAGUUGAGAAAAGGGUUCCGGUCUACGUCCCACGACCUUAUCCGGUAGAAAAGAGAGUUCCCUACCCUGUAAAAGUUCCUUAUCCAGUGAAAGUGCCUGUUAAAGUACCAGUCCGAGUGCCUGUAGAAGUGCCUGUGUAUAUCCACCAUCCUUUUCAGAUCAUAAAUGACGACGCGAUGGGAGUCGGAGAUGGCGGCAACAACUAUUACCCCGCCUCUGAAAGCAAUUAUUACGCAGACGGAGAAGAAAACGAGUAUGUUAGCCGUUCGGAGAAAGAAAACAUCACGAACAGCCCUGAGCAUACCGUCACUGUUCACGGGAAAACUGGUUUCACCGGCUUCGUAUCGCGGUCUGAUAGUGAAUCCACGACUGCAAAAACAACGUUGACGAAAUGAUUGUAUAAUUAAGCCGUUGAUUUAAAUCAAACAGUGCGUGUUAUGGACAGAUGACAAGAAAACGAGUGAUGCUGUGAUAUAUUUGAGGAAUCCUUGGCAUACUUUCAAGUUUUCAGUUUUAAGGAACCCACCAGAUAAGUUAUUAUCAAUUCAAUUAUUUUAGUAUGGUACAUACAAAAUCCUUAAUUGUACCUCAUUGAAGAAAUAUACAAGAUUUGAAUGAAUU